AUGGGAUCAACUACCAAGGCUUCAUCGGAAGACGGAAUGUCGACCUCGGUAACAAUUAAUUCUUCCUACUGUUUGGAAAGCUACCCCGUGAACCCGAACCACCUUGUCAAGCUCAUUGAGGAUGCGACCAACCGACUUGAAAGUCGUGUUAUUUCGGGGCGCUUUGAAUGCUACAGAGGUGACGAAGGCACAGUCUGUGGUAACAGCAUCCGCAGGGAACCACGCAUUAGACAAUACGGCUGGGGCCAUGGUGGAGCUUUGGUGACAAUUGAUUUCAUCGAUGGGAUGUUGAACAACAAGGAAGGGCUGGACGCAUGCAUUGAGUUUGUAUUAUAA